AUGGCCGUGGACAACGGGGACGCCGCCAUGGCCGUCGCGGUCACCGGCACGCGCACGGUGGCGCCGGCCAAGACCAAGGUCACCCUCGCCACCUUCGACCUGCCCUACAUCACCUUCUACUACAACCAGAAGCUGCUCCUCUACCGCCUCCCGCAGGGCGCCGCCGACUUCCAGGACGUCACCGCGCGCAUGGCCGACGCGCUCGGGGACGCGCUCGCCUACUUCUACCCGCUCGCCGGCCGGAUCCGCCAGGAGAAGGGCGACGGCGGCGCGCUGUACGUCGAUGGGGAGGAAGGCGCGGAGGUCGUCGAGGCCGCUGCCGAGGGCGUCUCCGUGGACCAGCUCGCCGGCGAGGACUGCGGCGAGGAGGCGGAGAAGCUCAUGCAGCAGCUCAUACCCUACACCGGCGUCAUGAACCUCGAGGGGCUCCACCGCCCGCUGCUUGCGGUCCAGUUGCAGUUCACCAAGCUCAAGGACGGCCUCGCCGUGGGCUGCGCCUUCAACCACGCCGUGCUGGACGGCACCGCCACGUGGCACUUCAUGAGCUCCUGGGCCGAGCUCUGCCGCGGCGCCGCCGCCCCGUCGGCGCUCCCGAUCCACAACCGCGCCAUGGCGCGCUCCGUGCGCGUCGGCCUCACCCUCCCGGCCUCCGCGGAGGCGCACGAGAAGACGGACCCCAAUGGGCCCAAGAAGCCGCUCGUGGCCCGCGUUUUCUCCUUCCCGGAGCCCGUCGUGGCCCGCAUCAAGGCCGCCGCCAACGCGGCGCUACCCCCGGGCGCGAAGCCCUUCUCGGCCUUCCAGUCCCUGGGCGCCCACAUCUGGCGGUCCGUCUCGCGCGCCCGUGAGCUGGGCCCCGCCGACAUCACCGUCUUCGCCGUGUUCGCCGACUGCCGGGCCCGCCUCGACCCGCCCGUGCCGGCGACGUACUUCGGCAACCUCAUCCAGGCGGUCUUCACGGGCGUGCCCGCGGGGAUGCUCCUGGGCGGGCCGCCGGAGCUGGCAGCGGGUAUGCUGCAGAAGGCCAUCGGCGAGCACGACGCGGCCGCCGUGACGCGGAGGCUGGACGAGUACGAGGCGGCGCCCAAGCUGUUCCACUACAGCGACGCCGGGCCCAACUGCGUGGCCGUGGGCAGUUCGCCGCGCUUCCGCGUGUACGACGUGGACUUCGGGUUCGGCAGGCCGGAGCGCGUCCGCAGCGGCGGGAACAACAAGUUCGACGGGAUGGUGUACCUGUACCCGGGCCGCGGCGGCGACAGCGGCGGCAUCGACGUGGAGCUGGCGCUGCAGCCGGAGCCCAUGCAGAGGCUCGAGAAGGACGAGGAGUUCCUGCAGGUCGCGGCUGCCUGA